AAAGACAAUUAAUAUUACAAUUAAAACUAAAUAUAAGAAUUAAAAUAAAAACAAAAAAAAAGGAGAUAGGGACUAAAAUGAGCCACACCUACAACUUCCAUGAUCUUCUUCUCUCUAUCUUUGACUAUAUAAACGAGAGCAUAUCUUAUAACAAAAUCGUUUGCCAACAAACGUCUCAACUUACAUACACAUCUUCCUUUUGCAUACCCCCAACACUUCAAUGGAGAACUCCGUAAACAACAGCUUGAAACGAGUGAGAAUGAUACACGAAGAUGAAGAUCAAAAAGAAGAGAGUAGUUGGAUAAUCUACUUUGGAGACAUUGAUCAUGAAGAAGGCAGAGAAGAAACGAUUCAUUACUACGAUAGUGACUCUUCCAUGAUCUCCGACGCUGCUUCACCUGUUCACAUCACAAAGACUAAUAAUGUUGUUGGAAGAAAGGAUUAUAGCAUUACUAAAAACCCUAAAAAGAGACGAAUCAUUCAUCAACACAAAGAAGAAGAAAAACAAAAAAGAGAGGAGGAAGAAGAAGACACAGCCUCUUCUCCUUCUAAUAAAACCAAGGGUUUAAGUGUGUUGGAUGGUGCGGAGUAUAAGGCAAAACAUGGAAAAUCCGUGGACAAUGUUACAUCCGAGGAGAGAGGAUGCUUAACAGACACAGUAUCAAAGAUAAAUGAAGAAUUCUUCUUAGCAGAAUUGAAGAAGAGAGGACUUUGUGUAGUUCCUUUAUCAAUGUUAUCCAACUUUAUUGGUUGA